GCUUCUCUCGAGCCAACUUGACACAGAACAGUUUGGAGGACCGCGAAGAAUAUGAGACAGUUUUAAGAAGUCUGGAAGCCCCGGUUGAUGUUCCAAUCCAAAAGGUCUUUUAGACAUAAAUACCAAAGCAACCUAAAGGAUCUUGAGUUGCCCAAACUGAAAGCCUGGUGAUUUUGAGGAAUAAUAGGAAUGAUCUGAGCAAGAAGGCCUUGGUGGACAUUAGGCGGUGCUGUUUAGGCUGUGUCAGUGUCUCAACAAAGCAAAGUGCUAGGCCACAUUCACCCAGCCUGGGUUAGGAUCACAAUACCAUGAAGAUCUCUGAGGGUGCACUGGAUCUGGACGCAACUGACUACGCUGUGAGCUUGGACCCAAGCUACACCAUGCUGGAGUUUGAUAGUCUGAGAGUGCUGCCGGCAGUCACAGAACCACUGCUGUCUGAGUCUUCACCUGCGGGGACACCCGAACUGCAGCAGGCCAGCAGUGCCCUGUGCUCCAUCUGCGCCGAUAAGGCCACCGGGAAACACUACGGCGCAAACAGCUGUGAUGGGUGCAAAGGCUUCUUCAGGCGGAGCGUCCGCAAAAACCACGCUUAUACAUGCAGGUUCAGCAGGCAGUGUGUGGUGGACAAAGACAAAAGGAAUCAGUGUCGAUACUGCAGGCUGCGAAAGUGCUUCAGAGCUGGAAUGAGGAAAGAAGCUGUGCAGAAUGAACGAGACCGAAUUAGCUGCCGUAGAGAAAGCCAUGGAGUCGGGACUCUGACCAUCAGCAUCCUUCUGAAAGCAGAGGCCAGCACACAUCAGUACACCUCCUUGACUCCCCCGAUGUGUGACAUUAGCACCAAGAAGAUAGCUCGCCCAUGCGACGUGUGUGAGUCCAUGAAGCAGCAGCUCCUCCUCCUGGUGGAAUGGGCAAAGCGCAUCCCCGAGUUCUGUGAUCUGCCAGUGGACGACAGGGUAAGCCUGUUACGAGCUCACUCUGCCGAGCAUCUCAUCCUAGGAGGGGCUCGUCGCUCGCUGCCCUACAGUGACAUCAUUUUGCUAGGAAACGAUUUUGUUAUCCCUGUGAGAGGCCCAGAGCGAGAGAUGUCCAAGCUGGCGGCACGUGUGCUGGACGAGCUGGUCAGGCCUCUGAAAGAGCUGGAUAUCACUGAUGCAGAAUUUGCGUGUCUCAAGGCCAUCAUCUUCUUUUCACCAGACUGCCCUGGACUGGAGAGCUCUCAGAUGGUGCGCAGGCUACGCUUCCAGGCCCAGGUCCUGCUGGAUGAGGCGACCUGUGAGCAACGGGGUCGCUUUGGGGAGCUUCUGCUGCUGCUGCCUCCUUUACAGAGCAUGGCCUGGCAGAUGGUAGAACAGCUCCAGCUGGCCCGACUCUUAGGAGAGGCCAAUGUGGACAGCCUGCUGCAGGAGAUGAUACUGGGAGAGGGCGCAGUGAGGAGAAGUGAGCCACAGUCAGCUUCAGCCUCUGCAGGGUCAUAUUCGGAAGUGCUCAUUUUUAGCCCACCUGCAGACGCAGCCCUGCCCAGGAACCAACAACCGGACCACAUCUCAUUACCUAACUUCACAUCAGUUAUCCUCCCUGUACCAUCCUUAGCCCUGUCUGGUGUUCCCCUACUCUCCACUCAGACUGGCACCCAGCUCUACACAUAUGCACAGGCUGCAGACAUGUCAACAGAGCUGACCAGUGGCCUCUCCGUGCCAGCUGUUCACACGUGCCUCUGAGCAGAUGAGAAGAUAAAAACAUUUACUCUUGUACUCACAGAAACAUUUAUGUACAGGUGAAUGAUGCAUAGUCACAUAUCUAGGUUCUCUAUAUUCCAUCAAAGAGAUGCACUCAUAAUUAACAGUGGGUGAACAAAAAGUAAAAGACAUAAAUGGAAUCCCUGCCAACUGAAGCAGUGUAAUUUAAACCUUGAAGGGCCCAAAUCAUACAAAACGGAUUUUAUUUUAUAAAAGAGUUUAGUAUACAAAACUUCCCAGUCCAUACAUGAAAACCAAGCUUCAUAAAUGACCCAUUUUGAAAGAAUAGUUUUUCUGAUCUCACAAAAAAUCAUUUACAUAUCGCUGCUGUGAGAACAAAACCUUGUAUUUUUUUUCAUUUUUUGGCAUAAUUUGAAAAAGCUUGUUGCUCUUUAUAUUGUAUAUAAAUUUCAUGAUGAAUGGGCCAAAAGAAAUGGCCUAAAAUUACUCAGGAAAAAUUCUGGUUCCACUGACUUACAUUGAAAGUAAGGAAUGUUUUUUCCUUCUCCUGUAUAGUUACCAUUUUGGAGAUACAAAAAUUUUGCACCAACAUCAGCGAUAUAUUCAACUAGCAGUUUUGCUCCACCCUUUCAUGCUGAAGUUAUAAUAGUUAUAGACUGUUUCAGCGCCAGACUCUUUUUUGGAUGAGGCACAAUACAGGGGCACCAAUCAGAGCAGAAGUGUUUUACAUAUCAGUCUUAGGCUACGCUUGCAUCACCAGGCUGGCACAAACCCAGUUUUUGUGCCUUAAAGUGAUGCAUCUAAUGAUUUCUGAGCUGUGUGGACACGAAUCAGGUGACUUCCAAUCAGAUCUGAGCCACUUUCAUAUGCAGUCCUAUAGCGGUUAGUUUGCGUUAUUAUAAAAUUAUUAUAAUAGAGUUAUUUUUUUGACUGCGCACGCACCAUCGCUCACUGAUGUGGCAGCACCACCAAUUGUGAAGUUAUUGCCAGUAAAUGCUGCAAACAUAAUGCAUCUGAUCCUAGUCAGUUUUAUUGUUGUUCAUGACUCACACGGCUCAUUCCUGUGAUGUUAUUGAUCAGAAUGUGUGUGUUUGGGUUGUUUCAGAACAAAUUUGAGAUUUGAGUCAUUUACACAAAUGUGGACCGUCAAGAUUGGGUCUGUGCAAAAAAAUCUGAAUUGAGCAAUGACAUUUUUACGUAGCCUGAUAGUAAUAAAACCAGCCUGAUUAAUGGAAAAUGCUCAUGAAAAAUGAAUCAUGACUGGACUUGUUGCAUAAAAAAGUAAAAUAUAAAAUAUAAGAGCUGUGGGAGAUCUUUGGAGCUCUUUAUUGGCCACAGGACUGUUUUUUUAAAUGUGACAUCUUGAAUGCAUCACUCGUUGCAUGCCAGAAAGGGUGUGAGAGGAGCAAAAGGAAUCAUUGAUUACAAUAAAAUAUGAUUGUGAAAUAUUAA